UGCCUGUUUUCGGCGGCGUGGUAGGGGUGGGGUUUCGGUGCUUGGGGAAUGGGAGAGGACUACAGGGUUGGAGGAGACGCGGAAGGAAGAGCGAGGAAUCAGCACAACAGAAACAGCAGCAGCAAGGACAAGAAGGAGGGAGCGAUGGAGAUAUACAGGGACGUUUCGAGCUGCAACACAUACAACUACGGAGACGCUCUGUACUGGGACGCUCGCUACAUCCACGAGGCAGGCCCCUUCGAUUGGUAUCAGCGCUACUCCGCCCUCCGCCCUUUCGUCCGCAAUUACAUCCCUACCUCUUCUCGCAUCCUUAUGGUCGGCUGUGGCAAUGCCGUUAUGUCCGAGGACAUGGUGAAGGAUGGGUAUGAAGACAUAGUGAACGUUGACAUCUCUUCGGUUGUCAUUGAUAUGAUGAGAAAGAAAUACGAGUAUCUUCCUCAACUGAAAUACUUGCAGAUUGAUGUCAGAGAUAUGAGCUUCUUCCAGGAUGAAACGUUUGAUGGUGUCAUCGAUAAAGGAACUCUUGAUUCCUUGAUGUGUGGCACCAACGCUCCGAUUAGUACUUGCCAAAUGUUAGCAGAAGUGAGCAGGCUUCUUAAACCUGGAGGGAUCUAUAUGUUGAUAACCUAUGGUGAUCCAACAGUACGAAUUCCUCAUUUGAACCGGUCAGGAUACAAUUGGAAGAUUAUAUUGUACAUCAUACCCAGACCAGGAUUCCAAAGGCCAGAAGGUUGUAGUUCUUCAUCAAAAUCGUACAUGGAUCCUGUCCCCAUCACAGAGAAUGGUCUGCUCCCACCAGAUUUUGUUCUAGAGGACCCUGAUUCUCACUUUAUAUAUGUAUGCAAGAAGAUGGACGGACUGAUGGGGCUUCCUACUGAAACCAUCCAGUGAUAUAAAAAUGGUGCAUCGACUGAUGAGAUGUCCAAUUACACCACACUUAAAAUAUGUGUCUGUGUUUAUUAAAACAAUUUCCGCUUGUCAUUUGUAUAAUGUGAAUUGGAUUCCCAUUCAUGGCCCAGCACUGGUCAUUAUUGACAUGCAAAGAUGAAAAAUAAGGAUUGCAUCCAUUGAUCAAA